UGUUUUGUGACUCCAGCCUGCUUCCUGUAGCCUGCUUGAGGAAGUGGAUUCCGCUGACAGGGUUGGGCACAGUGAGGAAGAGGCGAAUAAAACAUCUAAAAGGGGCAACCAAAAACAACCCAACACGGAAUAACCCGUGCAAUCACUGCAGGUUUUAGGAUUAUUGUCAUCGGUGAAACCGUGCUUCCGUGACCGCAGAGACAGCCUCAGCCCGCCGCAGACAUGACUGAUCCACAGCUGGACUGUGCCCUGGAUCUGAUGAGGCGUCUGCCUCCUCAGCAGAUCGAGAAGAACCUCAGUGACCUCAUCGACUUGGUGCCCAGUCUGUGUGAGGAUCUGCUCUCCUCCGUGGACCAGCCCCUGAAGAUUGCCAGAGAUAAACAUGUGGGAAAAGACUACCUUCUGUGUGACUACAAUCGAGAUGGCGACUCCUACAGAUCCCCGUGGAGUAAUAAGUAUGAUCCUCCCAUUGAGGAUGGUGCGAUGCCAUCUGUUCGCCUGAGGAAACUGGAGGUAGAGGCAAACAAUGCCUUUGACCAGUACAGAGAUCUGUACUUUGAGGGGGGUGUGUCCUCUGUGUACCUCUGGGAUUUGGAGCAUGGCUUCGCAGGCGUUAUUCUCAUCAAGAAAGCGGGCGACGGCUCCAAGAAGAUCAAAGGGUGCUGGGACUCCAUCCAUGUGGUGGAGGUGCAGGAGAAGUCUAGCGGCCGUACUGCACAUUACAAACUCACCUCCACUGUCAUGCUCUGGCUUCAGACAACCAAGUCCACCUCUGGUACCAUGAAUCUGGGUGGCAGCCUCACACGACAGGUUGAAAAAGAUGAAACAGUUGGAGAAUCCUCACCUCACAUUGCUAACAUUGGCCGCCUUGUUGAAGACAUGGAGAAUAAGAUCCGCUCUACACUGAAUGAAAUCUACUUUGGGAAGACUAAAGACAUCGUCAGUGGCCUAAGAUCUAUUGAGUCUUUGCCCGAUAAUCAAAAGUACAGGCAGCUCCAGAAGGAGCUGUCACAGGUCCUCACCCAGCGUCAGAUCUUCAUUGACUAGGUUCAGAGGAGCGUUACACCUCUGGCCGAUAAGCCAAUCCAGACUUCUCUGAGGAACGACCUGCUGGAGGCAUUCAAGCAAAGGCAGCAGCCGUAGAAGAAUCCCCUCUGUUCUGUUCUUUGUCUGCUCCUCUCUUGUUCAGCCAAUGUUUCUGUUUGUCAUCUCCCUCCAUGUCUGUUUCAGUGCUGCACUCUUCAUUUAUUUGUGGGGGGAAAAAAAGGAGAAAAUGCUUAGCUUUUUAUUUGUUUUUUGUUGAAUUUGUUGCCAUGAAGCCAUUCACUCACUCACCUGUCUUCCUUCCUUAAUCUGAAUAUUAAGAUAGUAUUACAUGAUAAUCUUUGCAGUGUGAGGGCCACUGUAGUUAUAAUCCCUAAUAGUGGAUUUAGAUGCUCUGUUUUUGUCAAACACAUCAGAUUAAUUUACUGCACCUUUUUGCCUAUAGCACCCUCUAAUAUAUUUGUAUAAUAUCUUAAUAUGUCAGUGUAUCUUUUAUCUGAAAAAGGUGCAGAAGUCAUCACAUGGGGUCAGCUGUUGUAUUGUCUCCCCUCACUGUAUAAUAAUAAUACCUAGUCAGUUCACUCCUCCGGUCCGACUCAUCCCACUCAUAUCUCAUCACUUAUGUCUUUAUUGGGGGUCACAGUUUGUCUUUAUGUCUCAGUGGAAACCUUUGUUUCCAUUUUGGGGAGUCUUUUGUUGAAUUUUUGUUUUUUGUUUUUAUUUUGUAAAGCUUAUGAUUGAUAUUGUAUUAGAGCCUCCAGCAACAAUAAAAACUGUAAAAAGCUA